GUAUAAAGAACAAAUAACUGUUAUGUCUGGAAGCUUGAUAAGUCAUUUUAUGUGUGAAUAUUUGAAAAUUAUGACAACAACCUUGUUAGUAUUUAUACAAAAGAAAUGGGUGAUCAGGAAGUAUCUUGUUUACUGCCACUUAGACUUAUAAAACUGUAAUUGUAAUGUACUAUACAGGUUAUUUUUGUUACUAUGGUAUUUUAAUUUCUAUUUGUAAAAAAACAUGUUCUUAUAAAAAUAUGUGAAAUGAUUUUUUUUUCUAGAAAGAUGUUAACUUCGUAGUUUAGGUUGAAAGCCUAGUAAUAAUUUUAUCUUUUAUAAUAUCAAAUCUUUGAGGACUGAAACUAUGGUGACUAGUUUGCAUACUCACUUUUUUUUUAACCUGUAAAUAUUUUAACUGGCCAAUAGAAUAUUUAUUUCACUGAAAUCCAGCAUUGAUUAUUAAUAAGAUUAAGAGCAUCAGACCUUGCUGAAAAUAAGUAGUUAAAAAAACUAACUAGGUAUAAACUAUCUUUACCAUUAUAUUCUUCAACAGCUGUGCCUUUAUCAAUCUCUACCUUCAAAAAUGAUAUAACUCCUUAAUCACCUGGACACAUAGAGUGCUCAUUACAGCUGGUUUCUAAAAGAAAGUUCAAAAUUCUUCUGCAUAUAUUUCCUUUCCUCAUCCAAAUCAAUAUAAAUGAAAUUAGCUUGUCUGCAUUUGAGGUUUAUUAAUUCAGCAAUUUUCCCUAACAAUCAAUAAUACUAAAGUUUGUGUUUGUAUCUAUGUAUGUACUAUUCUCUCUUAUUUGCGUUUUUUCCUUAACCAUGAGAGAUAGGGACUCUGAGGAAUCAAUGUCCUUGUUUUUUUUAGUUGUUGUUGUUUUUCCUUUUGAAUUUUCUUUUCUUUUUCUCAUUUUCCUUCCUUUCCUUUCUCUUUUCUUCCUUUUCCUUCUGGCUUCCUCUCCUCUCCACCCAUCUUCUCUCCUCCCUUCUUUUCUUUUUCUUUUCCUCUCUUCUCCCUUUUCCCCUUCCUUUCUUUUCAUUUUCUUUUUUAUUCAUUAUUUUCUAGGAUGGGCUCUGUGUUUAUUUGCAAUGGCUUUCCAAGAAAACUCUGGAGUAAGUCUGGGAAGCCUCAGAGGUUAGCCUUCCAGUACGCUUUCACUAGAAGAUAUCUUUCUGAAGAUUUCUUAAGAAUGCUAUCCCCACUUAACACAUUGCUAUCCGUAUUGCUUGUGUAUAUUGAUUUCUUAAAUAUAAUUUCUUUGCUUCCUUAUUUGAUUCUUUUCUUUCAUUUUCUACUCUUUAGGUGUCCAUCUGAUGCAUGGGCACAAUUUUUUCCUUUUUCCUGCUUAACUUUUAUCAGUAUACAUACCAUGACAGGUAGAUAUUACUACACAUGUACAACAAUGUACAGUUUUAUCCUGUGUCUAAAAAUAGGUGUUUGUGAGUUAUAGGUAUGUAAGAUUCUAAGUGAUACAGUUAUCACCAAAUUGACAAAGAUCCAGAUGAUUUGUUUUGAUGGAAUAUCCAUAGUGAAACAUUCAAGAACAAUAAUAAAAGCUAUUGUUUAUUGAUUCUUUAUCAGGUUCCAGGGAGUGUUCUAUGGACUUUACAUGCAAAAACACACACAAAAUUUAAGAGGUACUAUUCAGUAUCCUGGAAACCCAGGCAACAUAGUGGUUAAGUGCUAUGGCUGCUAAUCAAAGUGUCAGCAGUUCGAAUCCACCAGGCGCUCCUUGGGACUUCUAUGGGGCAGUUCUACUCCGUCCUGUAGGGUCUCUAUGAGUCGGAAUCGGCUCUACAGCACUGUGUUUGGUUUUGGGUUUAUUUAGUAUCUGCAUUUUACAAAUUUGAAACUGAAGCACAAAGAGGUUUAAUAAGUUGCCCAAGUUGACUUAGAUGGUAAGUGGUGAAGGUGGAAUUCCUACACAGACAGUGUUGUUCCGGAGUACACAUUAUUCAUCACUGCUACUCUCUCUCUCCAAGGAAGUCCUGGGCCUUAGCUUUUCCAGCUAAGACUCUGCAGAUGAUGCAUUAGCUUGCAGGCUUUUCAGUAAGAGAGAACAAAGGAAAACUUUGAUCUCAUCAAUGCUCCUAACUGUAUCAAGUCAAAUCAAUAGGUACAUACUGAAUGAGAGACCUUCACCAUUAUUUGGUCACUGUAAUGAUCAAGUCUCAAUACUAACUAGCAUUUUUAAAGUAACAGUGAUGAGCUUGGAGACUGUUGUUUAAUUAUGUAAAUAGAAAUAUCCAGGAGAAUAACAUAAGGUGGGGUUUCACUGAUAGUAUCACAGACAGUUGGACUGGGAAGGAUUAUGAAGUCAUCUAAUUUAAUUAUUUUAUUUUCCAAUGAAUAAAUUGAGACAGGCUUGUGACUAAAUUUAGAAAAUUACUAAAACUCAUACUUUCUUACACUGAGUUUGAAUAUAUCCUUUGAGUAUGCUCCUUUUUGGAAUCUAGACAUUGAAGUUCUAAUUUUGACCACUCUCAGUGCCGAAAAAGGAUUAUAUAUAAAACCCUCUUCCAUUGUCUUCUACCUCUCCUUAUAGUGUCAAUUUUCUCCCCCAUCACUACCCAGCUCACCCCCAACUGAUUUGAAAAAUACUAGCUGCUAAUGUAGUAAUUGGUAAUUGUUAUGUGUCACUUAGCUUCAGUUCAAAAAUGUUUGCUGAAAAUGUAGAUCGUAUUAUAAGGGUACUUAACACACAUAGAACAACUCUAAGUACUGGCUGUAUGUCAAUAGAGUAUAAAAGUGUGUUAAGAGUUCCGGGAAAAGCAAAGAGGAAAUGGAAAGCAUUGGUGGAUCCUUAAGAAGAGAUAAACACUCUGUGUCCAAUAAAUGCUACAGGGAACAAUGUGCUAAAUAAUUUUGUGGUUAUCUGAUACAUUUCAAAUUCCAGACUCUUCAAAUUUAAUGAGAGAUUCAUAAAGACGGAACAACCUUUGAGCCAGGAAGGACAGUACUUCUAAUAGUGGAAUAUCAUAAUAUUUAGUGAGAUAUUCAUGAAGAGGGGUUAUUUUUGGUGCUAUAUAGUUCAUAUUGUGAAGGUACUCACCACAAAAAUUACCAACUCUAAAUACUCAUUCUAUGUCAAUUUAUUUGUUUAGUGUUUAUUUUCAACAGCAGAGAAAAAGUUUCUUGAGGGCAGAAAUCCUUUCCUUCUCUGUCAUUGUUGACUUCGGUGCCAAGCACGCUUGUUUUUUAAAGAAGGAUUAUUAAAUGAAUGAAUGGCUCUUGGGCCUCUGACUGAUUUUCUCUAUACAAGACCAACUAAGAUUUAGAGAUAGAAUCUCUUAUUUGUAGGCUCAAAGCAGUCAUCCGGGAAGGGCUAGAAUUGUUAAGGGAAGACAUAUUGGGAUCUUUGGAAAAGAAACUCAGUAGAUAUUUCUAAAUGUUUAUUAUGGAUAAGCCACCUUUGGAGAUUAAUAGUGAAGAAGUGCUCCAUGUCGUAAUGGACAUAUUCAUAAUUGUCCUCAUGAUUUCAUUACAGGUCUUGUUCUCCUGAGUUCUCAUCUCUGAAACAGGUCUUGUAGAAGAGUAAAUGGGACACAGUAACAAUGUAACAGAAUUUGUCCUCCUGGGACUCACUCAGGAUCCUGAGGGCCAAAAAGUGUUAUUUAUCAUGUUUUUGCUCAUCUACAUUGUCACAAUGGUGGGCAACCUGCUCAUUGUCAUGACCAUUAUUGUCAGCCCCUCCCUGUACUCCCCCAUGUACUUCUUUCUUGCCUAUCUGUCACUCAUGGAUGCUAUUUAUUCCACUGCCAUUUCCCCAAAAAUGAUUCUAGACUUACUCUGUGGUAAAAAGACAAUUUCUUUCCCAGCUUGCAUGGGCCAGCUCUUUAUAGAACACUUAUUUGGUGGUGCUGAGGUCUUUCUUCUGGUGGCAAUGGCCUAUGACCGCUAUGUGGCCAUCUGUAAGCCACUGCAUUACUUGACCAUCAUGAAUCGACAGGUUUGCAUUCUGUUGCUGGUGGUGGCCUGGGUUGGAGGUUUUUUGCACUCUGUGGUUCAACUUCUCUUUGUGUACAGCCUCCCAUUCUGUGGCCCCAAUGUUAUUGAUCACUUCAUCUGUGACAUGUACCCAUUAUUGGAACUUGCUUGCACCGACACCUAUUUUAUAGGCCUCACUGUUGUUGCCAAUGGUGGAGCCAUCUGUGUGGUAAUUUUUAUCCUCCUGCUAAUCUCCUAUGGGGUCAUCCUAGGAUCCCUGAAGACUCACAGUCAGGAAGGGAGGCGCAAAGCCCUGUCUACCUGCAGCUCCCACAUCACAGUGGUUGUCCUCUUCUUUGUUCCCUCUAUUUUCAUGUAUGUUAGACCUGUUUCCAACUUUCCCAUUGACAAAUCUAUGACUGUGCUGUAUACAGUUAUCACUCCCAUGUUGAAUCCUCUGAUAUACACCCUGAGAAAUUCUGAGAUGAAAAAUACUAUGGAAAAAAUCUGGGGUACAAAGUUAACCACAGGUAGAAUAAGAACAUGUGUCCACACUGAAAAUACCUUAGCUAACUCUAAAGCAACACACAGGCAAUAAAUUAUCACAACGAAAGAUUUAGUCAAUUCAAUGGAUUCUCUAGGAAUGCUUCUCUUUAUUGAUGCAAGGGCAUCCAAAAUGUAGAAUAAAUUAUUCUUUGAGGUUAGAAUUAACCUAAUAAAGACAUCCUAGAGGCUGGAUAAAAGGCAUAGGUAUUUUUC